AUGAGUGUCAGUAUCAAGGUGGGCAAGCGCUCCAUCAACAUCACAGCUCAGCCCUUGAGCCAGGAGGCUUUUGCUCCCUUUGGCGACGUCAUCUCCAACCCGCGACCAGAUAUUCAUCCUUCGGCCUUUGCACAGCACAAACUUCCCUCCAACGCGAGCUCCGCCAACCAGGGCUCGGCAAUCCGCUAUGGAGAUGUGAGUCGUCUAGGGAAUCACUACGCGCAGGCUCCUAGUAGGACUGGAGAGCCGAAGAUGUCAAUGUUCGUCUGCGCCGCCCGACCGCUGGAGACUCUGUCCGACGGGUUCGGGAGAUUCACUGUCAAAUUACUGGAACGGCACCCCUUCACCACACAAACUUUCACGCCGUUACCGUCGAGCGCGUCACAAUACCUCGUCAUCGUGGCGCCCAGCCUUACUCCCAGUGCGCAGGACGAGGGCCUUCCCGUACCAGAGGGACUUGGCCUACCCGGGAGAGGGCUGCCAGACCCGAGCAAACUGCGGGCUUUUGUGGCCGACAAGAACCAGGCCGUCACAUAUGGCGCUGGAACCUGGCAUGCCCCCAUGGUCGUACUAGGGAAGGAAGGAACAGCUAUUGAUUUCGUGGUUUUCCAGCAUGCCAGUGGCCAGGGGACUGAAGAUUGGCAACGCUCGACGUACACAAUGGCCGCCGAAAUCACCACUGACGUGCUGAACAAGCUGGAGGAUACAUCUGGCAUCAUUUGCAAGCCAGGAGAGAAUCCCUACGCAGCGUUCAUCAAUGCCUGCAACAAUGACCGUCGAGAGAUCGAGGCAUUGUACACAGCUCACCGCACCAAACGCAACGUCCAGCAGAAGGACAAGUUCCUCUCACCGGACUUUAAGGAGCUCUUUAUCGAUCAGACCUUGCUACGUCUAGAGAAGCCAGAGAUUCAGCCCGGCUUCAAGGAUGAGAGGCAUUGCAUGGCCCUGUGGUCACGGCCUCCUAGCCACAUCAUUCGUCUGGCCACGCACAUUCAGCGCCUCCUCCUGGAGACAUGCCCAGAAAUGUGGCUCAUGUCUCCAUGGAACAUGCACAUGACCACAUUGGAGGUGGCCUUUUCGAAGACGCCUACAGAGAUUGCAGAUCUCGUGGCUUCUAUGCGCUCCUCGCUGCCAUCCAUCGUCAACCACACUCAUAACCACCGUGCUCGCCUGGUCAAGCCGAUGAUCUCAUAUGAUCUGUCCGCCUUUGCCUUGUCUUUUGUCCCUGCGACGGGCGAGCCUCCCCUGUCACCAGCGCCCGCGGCGCCAGACACGGCAGAGAACAUCGUGCAGGGCGACGAGUACACAUACCACCAUGUCCGCAUGGAUAUCUUUGACAAGGUCCAGAAGGCAGGCGUCGAGGUCGGCUCAAGGUAUCAGGUCCCAAGCGCGCACAUUACGCUGGGGCGUUACAUCACGCAGGCCGAGCACGAUACUCCUGAGAAGAGGCAGGCCUGGGUGGACCGCAUCGACGAGAUCAACGCGUGGCUGGAGAAGGAGGUCUGGGAUGAAAAAGACAGCGACUUCAUUGGCGAGUGGAUGGUGGGACAGGAACGCAGCAUCGACGCCAGGAUCGGAACGAUCUGGUACGGUGGAGGCAGAACGCUGGUGGUGGGCGAGGGCUUUUAG